GCGGAGCCGGGCCGCGUGGACACGUUCUGGUACAAGUUCCUGAAGCGGGAGCCGGGAGGAGAGCUCUCCUGGGAAGGCAAUGGACCUCACCACGACCGUUGCUAUACUUAUAAUGAAAACAACUUGGUGGAUGGUGUUUAUUGUCUCCCAAUAGGACACUGGAUUGAGGCCACUGGGCACACCAAUGAGAUGAAGCACACAACAGACUUCUAUUUUAAUAUUGCAGGCCACCAAGCCAUGCAUUAUUCAAGAAUUCUCCCAAAUAUCUGGCUGGGUAGCUGCCCUCGUCAAGUGGAGCAUGUAACCAUCAAACUGAAGCACGAAUUGGGGAUUACGGCUGUAAUGAAUUUCCAGACUGAAUGGGAUAUUGUACAGAAUUCCUCAGGCUGUAACCGCUACCCAGAACCCAUGACUCCAGACACCAUGAUUAAGCUAUAUAAGGAAGAAGGCUUGGUCUACAUCUGGAUGCCGACCCCAGAUAUGAGCACUGAAGGCCGAGUACAGAUGCUGCCUCAGGCUGUCUGUCUCCUCCACGCACUGCUCGAGAAUGGACACACCGUGUACGUUCACUGCAACGCCGGGGUCGGCCGGUCCACCGCGGCCGUGUGCGGCUGGCUCCAGUACGUGCUGGGCUGGAAUCUGAGGAAGGUGCAGUACUUCCUCAUGGCCAAAAGGCCGGCUGUGUACAUUGAUGAAGACGCAUUGGCCCGGGCAGAAGAAGAUUUUUUUCAGAAAUUUGGGAAGGUUCGUUCUUCCGUGUGUAGUGUGUAG